UUGUAUUGUGAAAAAAUAAAAAAUCUAGUAGUCGAUAUAAAAAAUCUAGUAGUCAGUUCGAGACUACAGAGAAAAAAAAUGUGUGAAAUACACUGUGUUCUCUUUGGUUGAGUGGUCAUUGACUGAAGACUGUCUCUGAGAACUUGCGAGUACAUUAUAGUUUAAAAUUGCUUAAAUUUGUAAAUUGGUAUGAUGUAAAAUGAUGAGCCAUAGAGUCAUGUGGAUACUAUGAAGCCAGUUGUGCAUUCUGAGCGUACAAUAUAUAAAAUAUAUAAUAUUUUUGUAAAAUGUAAUGCUUUUGUUUUAAUCAAAUUGUUGUUGUUGUUUUUUUUGCAGAAUACUGAGAAACUUGAUUUUGAGAUGCCUCGCACAAAGCAAGCCCGGCGCUCCCAGGCCGCAAAGAAGAGGAUGGCAGACCGGAUGGCUGCUGAUCCUGAAGAUGCUCUGCCACCUCUUAAAAAAUUGGCAGAAGUAACAGAACGUUGUGUACAUCACAACGGGGAUAUAAAACUGGGUCAUAACAGUGGUCAUAACCGUGGUAAUAACCUUGGGCUAACAAGUGGUCAAACAAGUGGUCAAACAAGUGGUCAAACAAGUGGUCUAACAAGUGGUCUAACAAGUGGUCAAACAAGUGGUCAAACAAGUGGUCAAACAAGUGGUCAAACAAGUGGUCUAACAAGUGGUCAAACAAGUGGUCUAACAAGUGGUCUAACAAGUGGUCUAAACGAUGCUAAAAACACGGAUCAUAAUAGUACUGUUAACAUGACCAUGAAAGCUGUUUCUGAUUUGUGUCCACAGAAAUCGUACGUCAGUGGCUCUUUCCAUCAAGGAGAUUACCGUUUUGGCCGGAAUAGGGGAAGUCAAUGUGGUGCAAACUGUUUAACUGCAAUUUUGAUGAGUAAGAUGAAAAAUGUGUUGCAGUGGACGAGAAAUGACCUGGAUGCUGUUCUGAUCCAUGGAGAUGACCUGUACAGUGCCAUGAGAGACGCAGGGAAAAUCAACGAUCCUGAAUCCGGCUUCAUAGCUGUUCAUGAGCUACCAGACACACACACUCUGAAAGAUUGUCGGUUUUCAAUAAACUAUGGUGAAACAUUGACUGGAUUGUUUGGUGUCAAUAAAUAUGAUGGGGAACUACAGGGGUAUGCGAUGUCAUUUGAUGAAGCAGUAAAUCGAGCAUUCCAGACGUUUGAUACUGUUUUAGUGAAUAUUAAGUUGACUAUAUGUGCAGCUGUCAGAGAAGGUUCCUGGUAUGCAGUGAUUGAUCCACAUUCAAGACGAGGUGAUGGCAGAUGUGUAGCUGACGGUAAGAGUGUAGUGGUUUACCAUCGUAACUUGCACUCGCUGAUUGUUCAUUUCCGGAAACUUGCCGCAUCUAUAAAUGCACGUUACCAGGAGUUUGAGGUAACUGGGGUCAACGCGGUUAUGACUGGAUUAAAACAGCCAUUCUGGCAAGUGAUUGAGAACGCUGGUCCAGCAGAAAAUGAGCGUGAAGACAAUGAAAACGACAUACCCAACUAA